UCGGAAAAUCCAAAAUGAUUGGCUCGUUAAAACUCAACUUCGUCUUAGCUCUGUCGCUGUCUGUGAUGCACAUGAUUUGGUGUUAUCCGGUCCUCUCUUCCAAGGUGCCUGGGAAGCCUGAUUACUUUCUCAUCUUGCUGAGCAGCUGCCCAGCCAGGCUGGAGGGGAGCGACGGGCUAGCUUUUCUAAAGCCAAUUUUGGAGAAGACGUCGAUGAAAAGGUCCUUUCGCAACGGAGUCGGCUCAGGGGCGAAAAAAACUUCGUUUCGAAGAGCAAAGCAAUGAAUAAGUGUGCAAAGGACUCUGGGAAUUAAUCUCAAGCUAUGUAUAGUGUGACUGAUGUGCUCAAAACGGUUGUAUCUUACCAUACGGUGUUGCUUCCCUCCUCAUCCUCAGAUAUCCCCCUUCUCCUAACGGGCUCAGAGUAAAUUAAGUUUUGGGGGAAAAUUGCAAACCUGUCUCAAACUUCUGCCUGUGAUUGAAAAAACGAUUUCUGUGCUUAGCUAGAAACUUCCACGAAUACGGAGGGGAGGGAUUCACCGGCUUUGAUCUUGAGUAGGCCACAAUGCGUGGGUGUUUUUAUACUGUGCUUUCUCUCCUGUGGUCUUCCUGUGCUGUGCUACCAAGUGCAGUGCCAGGUAUAUGCUAUUUCUCCUUUAAAAUGUGAUUUCCUCAAAUGACUCAGCUAUGCUGUUUCUGUUUGUAAAAGAAUCUCAAGAAAUUCCAGUAAGAAGAUGAAUGGUGCUGCUGGAUCUAUGGCUCAGCUAGUUGGUACCUGCAGCAAGGGCUCGCCCCCUCUAGGUCUGUUUUUCCCUCUCCUUUUUCUGAUUCCAAAUAUACUUAAAUAUGACUGAU